UACAUGUGUUUUAAAAUCAGCUCUGUGUGUUUGUGUUGCAGCUCAUCAAAGCUGAGUGUAAGCAGAGCGGUGAGGCUGCAUCUGCCUACCACCGGAGGGAGCUGCACAAGCCCGCCACCUUCUUCAACCACAGCUUCGAACUGCCCUAUAGUAACCCCUACUUUGAGCCCACGCUGAACUCCCCUCUUCAGGACAGGCAGAGGGUGAAGCACGAGAGCCUGGACGACCUGCAGGCCUCCACGUACUUUGGCCCGACGACAGUCUCCGAGAGCGUCAGCAACAGGAAGCACGGUCACAAAGCGGCGGGGAGGCAGCCGUCGUGGCCAGUGAAAAGUCUCAGUCUGAACGCGGAGGAGGGUCCGCCGGACUUUGAGAGGUCGUUCAUCAUGAACGGAAAACCUCUCAAAGAAAACCUCCAUCACAAUAUCAGCGUCAUCAGCACCGACGAGAAGCUUUUCCAGAGCCCGAAGGACAAGGUGGUCGCGUCUCCGUCUGGAUUUGCUAAGAAAACCAACGGAUUAAAAACCAAGGAUGUUGCUCUGAUGUCCAGCGGGCCCGCGGGUUUGGACAAAAGAGAAGCGGCCAAAAGGUUUCGAGACAAAAAUGUGAAGAGUCACUCCUUCCAGGGAGGGGACAGCUCGUCUAGCGUGGGGACUCAAACAGAGCUGGCCGAGCAGAAGAAGGUGAAGGAUUACAGGCUGGAGAGACAGGCCUUCAAACACUCCGACGAGGACUCGGAGCUCGUCAGUGAUGACAUCAGCGAUAUCUUUCGUUUUCUGGACGAUAUGAGCGUUUGUGACUCUCUGGGCGUCAUCCAGCCCUCGUGCUACAACAGCAACGGAUCUCUCUCGCAGGUCACGCUCAAGUCUGAGGGUGACAGCUCCCCCGAACGCAACACGGUCAAACUAGCCAAGUCUAAGCUGGACCGCCUCUUCAACUCGCUGGAAAACACGGAUGACGAGCUCAAAUCGAGCGUUUGCAAGCUCGUGAUGCGGAUCGGCGAGAUCGAGAAGAAGCUGGAGUCGCUGUCGGGGGUCCGGGGCGAGAUCUCCCAGGUGCUCUCCAAACUCAACAGGCUGGACGAGAAGAUCCAGGAGCCGGAGGCCAACGGGAGGCACGCAGAGUCGGCCUCUGCGUCUGGAUCCACGGCCGACCAGAACAAGCUGCAGCCUCUACCGCAUCCCAACGCCAACCUGUCCCCGCACAUUUUCCAGUGCCACACCACGGGACACGACGGCAAAAUGGACGGCGGCCCCCCGGGGGAGCGGUGCUGCUCUGACGGGAGUAACAACGACAGCCUGAGGACAAAAGCUCUGAAGAAGAGCAUGUUCACCAGGAGGUCUUCCCGUUCGCUCAACGAGGAGAGCGGCGCCACCGAGUCGAAGAUCGCCAGCAUCACCAGCUCUCCUCGGGAUUGGAGGACGGUAUCAUACUCCUGCCAUCCUGAAGAUGAGGGCAACGACAUGGACAGAGACAGAGACGGCAAGGACAGACACAGGAAGGCCAAAGAGGCAGAGCGAGAGCGUCAGUACGAGCUCCCCCAGGCCCACCGCCCCCCUAAACCUCCGAAGGACCCCUACCUGGUCGAGCAGGUUUUCUCUCCUCACCCCUUCCCCCCCUCCGUUAAAGCCCACGUCAAAGGCAGCCCCCUGUACACGGACCUGAGGCUCACCAGUGUGUCGGACGGGAAGCGUGGCCAGCCGUCCUGGACCUUGGAGGAGUACAAACGCAGCUCAGGAGAGAAGGGGAAGCAGCUCACCGCUCUGGACCUGCAGACCCAGGAGUCCCUGAACCCCAACAACCUGGAGUACUGGAUGGAGGAUGUCUACACGCCGGGCUUUGAUUCGCUGCUGAAGAGGAAGGAGGCGGAGUUUAGGAGGGCGAAGGCGUGCAAGAUCGGCGCACUGAUCGCAGCCGCUACCUGCACGGUGAUCCUGGUCAUCGUGGUUCCAAUCUGCACCAUGAAAACAUGAGAGGAUGGAAUUAUUAACCCUGUGUGUGCUGUGGCCGAGUGUGCAGAACACUGGUGGGACUUUAUCUGAACCAGAAUUUUCACUUCAGGUGGUCUUUCUGCCAACAUAUUAGAACAGCUAUUGUACAAUAAAAUCAGCAAGUGCAUACUAUAUAAACUGUACAUAGAGGUUUAACAUUAGUAGUUAAUUGCAUUGUUAUAAACUGGGAGCCCAUUGAUUAGACGGUCUGUCUUUAACACCUCCAGCAGAUGAACCGAACAGGAUUUAUCGUAUAGCCAGCGUAGGAUAUUUUUAUUUUUCGUAUGAUUACUGUACAGUGUAUUUUGAUCAAACUUAUUUUUGAUGAAUUUAUCCGCGCGAAUGUGAGAAUUUUACCUUUAUUUUAUUAUCUUCCUUCAAUCACAGAAAGCGUUUGAGGAAAUGAACUUUGUGCAACACAUUUUUCUAAUUAGACACACAGUAUAAAGAAGUAGUUGAAGUAAUUACAGAUGUACUUGUACAUAGGCU